CGCCCGGCUCUGGCGUCCUCCGUCCCCUGCUGCCCAGGCGGCCGCGUCCCCGGGUGUGCCGCGAGCCGGAGAGUGAGGUCGGCGCCGGGCGGCACGGGGUGGUUAUCGGAAGCAGUAUCAGCCUCUGACAGUGGUUUUUAUAACAAAACUGCGGUAGAGCAGACUGAAUUGGAGGGCGUUAGUCACUGCCGCUUGGAAUGUGUGUCUCUCUUGGCCGUGUUACCGCUGGAGUUGGGGUUACUGCCUUCUGAAAAACAGAAGUGCCUUGAUAGCUUCACCUAGGGCUCCCGAACGGCGCGGUGUAACCGCCACUUAGGCGUGGAGACGGAGAGGAGGUGCUGGGGCGGGGGCGCUUUCCAGGAUGGCCUGCAGCUUAGCUGUGUUCUGUGAGCUGAGCCUAGUCGGGUGAGUUCUGCAGUUCACCCGCGGCUGCCAGAGAAGUGUGUGUCUGUGCGACGGCGCUGCCCAUUUCCGGCUCGCGCAUUCCUUGUGGCCCCUCAGCAACGUUUCUGCUGCUGACAUCUCUGAUUGAUCUCUCGAGUUCCGAUGGCCCCAGCUAGUGUGGCCGCUUUUCACUCAGGUGGCUACCACUCCCUAGAUGGUCUUGGCUGGACUCUUGGCUGGAGGAACGUGUGUGGGGGCGGGAGUCCGUGGAGCCUCGACCUGUCAUCUAGAUGCCUGACCUGCUCUGCUCCUCCAACCUGUCCUGCUCCCAGCCUUCCCUGCUUGUUUGUGGUCCAAGCCUCUAUCUAAGGCCUCGAGCUGGAAAUCUCUGAUCUCUGAUUGUCUUCAGUUCUUUCCUUUCUUUUGUCCCUUCACAUCUGGUCCAACGGCAGCCAUUCACUCUGUGACUCUGACCCAGCUUCGGAAUGUGAUGUGAUUCUGAUUUCUUCUGCUUUCCACUCUCACCGGGGUGACUUUUUGCUGGACUGGCUCAGCUCUUGCCACACAACAUCCCAUUGUCAACCAGGAAACCAGAGCCAACUUCUAAUUUGUUUAGUUGUUGAGAUAAAUUAGCAUGUAUUGUGCAGUGUACAAAUGUCCACGAUGUAUAUGUAAGUGUCGGCAUGUGGUAACAAUAGGCAGUGGUGCCUCAGCACCCACCCGCCUCCAGAGCCCAGCCAGUGUGGUCCUGGAGCUGGCAGAGCUGCCCGGUGACCUCCACCUUCCCAAUCCUCCUGCCGCAGGUAACCACAUCUUUGGUCAGAUUUCAUGACCUGAAGUAAAAGUACAGAACAAGACUAGUUUUGUCAUAGGCAUUGUUAAGGCACACGCUGGUGGUUUAUCUGUUCUUUUCAAAGCUCAUGCCACACUUGGGCCUCUGCUUUAACUUCAGUAUCAUUUUGCAUUAUCCAUGUGAUUCUGUGUGAUUUCAUUCAUUUUUAACUUUUAUUAAAUUUCAUUGUUAUCACAACCACAAUCACUUUUCAAAUCUAAGUAUCUGAAACUAAAAGUUUGUUGUUAUUUAAACCUACUUGGUGACAAAACCUGACUUAGUAAAGUCUAAUGCCCUCCCUUGCACUUUGUGCAAAUGCAAUCACAUUUCCGUGAAAAAAUAACAAUCCUGACUGCGGAGCGCUGGCCCCUGCCCCGGCGAGGCUGUCAACAUAUCUGUAGGAGCUUUCUGCCCUGUCGCCUGUGUGCAGUCUGAAAAGUUCUGAAUGUCCAAACAUACCUAUCCCAAGAGUAUCCAUGCUUUUGUAGAAUGAACAUUGAAAAAUAAAUCAGAAUGAGUUAUGCAGAAAAGCCUGAUGAAAUUACGAAAGAUGAGUGGAUGGAAAAGCUCAAUAACUUACAUGUCCAGCGGGCAGACAUGAAUCGUCUCAUCAUGAACUACCUGGUCACAGAGGGCUUUAAGGAAGCAGCAGAAAAAUUUCGAAUGGAAUCUGGAAUUGAACCAAGUGUGGAUCUAGAAACCCUUGAUGAACGGAUCAAGAUUCGGGAGAUGAUCCUGAAGGGCCAGAUUCAGGAGGCCAUUGCCUUGAUCAACAGCCUCCAUCCAGAGCUCUUGGACACAAACCGGUAUCUGUACUUUCAUCUGCAGCAACAGCAUUUGAUUGAGCUGAUCCGCCAGCGUGAGACUGAGGCAGCACUGGAGUUUGCCCAGACACAGUUGGCGGAGCAGGGCGAGGAAAGCAGAGAGUGCCUCACAGAGAUGGAGCGCACACUGGCCCUGCUGGCCUUUGACAGCCCCGAGGAGUCACCCUUUGGAGACCUUCUCCACAUGAUGCAGAGGCAAAAGGUAGAGGUCAAUAAGAGGAAUUGUGUUUUUCACGCUUCAUGGGUGUUCAGAGUGGCAUUUCCAGGAUGA